UCUAACCGAUUUUUUCACUAACUGUCUCUCUAAAAUUACUCUGUAAACUCUUUCUCCAUCGAUUCUUUUCACUUUGGUUGAGGACAAAUCGUUUCCAGAAUCUAAAAGCAAAUCAUUUCCAGAAUCAUUUGAAAGAGGUUCAUAAUCCAGUUAAUGUCGUAGAUGUCGUAAAUGUCCAAUUUUUACUUGAUAUUUCUUGGGGACCUAAUCAUAGAGUUAGAAUAAUGUCUAAGUACUUCAUCAAUGGGUACAAAUUUCAUACAGAAGAAUGGUCCAAAGGCAAGAAAACCAAUAAUAGUGGGGUGUGGGUGAAAGGUGAGGGGGAUAUUGAUUAUUAUGGUGUGCUUCAAGAGAUUAUAGAACUCGAUUAUGUUGUUGGUUGGCCAAAGAAAAAGCUAGUGAUCUUUCGGUGCAAGUGGUAUGAUCCUGAUUCUAGUGGUACAAAGGUGCAUCCUCAAUACAAAAUAAUUGAAAUUAAUCACACGAGGCAAUAUCGUUUCUAUGAUCCAUUUAUCAUUGCACAAAAUGUGAAACAAGUGUAUUACGUUCCUUAUCCUUUGUGCAAGAAUAAAUCUUUGUGGCGUGUAGUUAUAAAAACAAAGCCCGUGGGGAGAGUGGAGGUUGAGGAUGCAUUGGAUGUAGCGUAUCAAAAUGAUAUACCAAGUGUUGAAGCAAUGGUGGAUGACGAAUUAGCAGGUGAAUUGCAGCAUAGUGAAGGCAUCUAUGAAGAAUUUGAUGCUACCAUCCUUCAAUCAGAUUUGAAUAAUUAUGGGGAAGGAACAUCCAGAGCUAACGAGGACGAAUCCCAAACUGAUGAAUAUAAAACAAGUGAUGAGGAAUUACUUGAAGAAAAUGAAAUAAGUGAUGAGGAAGAAUUUGAUAGUGAUUAUGAAUCUAAUGAAGAAGAUUGACUUGUUUGAUUUUUUUUUUCUGAUUGAGCAUUCCUAUAUUGGAAGUGCUUCUGUUUUAUCAUGAUAUGGCUGUGUAAGCUUUAGAUUUUUUCUUCUUGUGGUUAUAACACUAUGUUCAUUUAAGGUCAUGAUUGUCAGUUUCUUGGCUAUUCUUGUUGGACUCAUUAUGCAGCCUUGUCUAGUUUAUUGUGACAAAAAGAAAUGGUUAAGUUUCUCUAUUAGCUCUGAUCUUGUGGAACUACAGACCAAUUAUCAUUAGGUUGUUGAGGCUUAAAGUGAUUAGACUCAUUUUAGCUUAAGAAUG